GUUAAACUGUCACCAUAAAAACAAUUUCAAAACAACCGACUAAAUAUUUGCACAACGAUUGAAUUUUAACGAUAAAACUUGCCAUUUCUGAUUGUAAACAUGUUUGUACCUUGACCAAUUUCGCAAAAAGAAUCUAAUGUGAUUGUCCAUUCAGAACAAUGUUGGCGACAAUUUGUGGUUGGAUUGAGACAAUAGUGUCGGUGUUUGUGAAAAUCUUAGCGGCUGGCUACGUUUUGGGUCGAUUAAUAGCACACAUUUUGUCGUUCAUCAGCGAUGUCGUCGUUGAAUUGGUCAAAAUUGUCGCUGCAUUUGCCGUCACAUUCUACGAAGAUGCGAAGAUUUUUGUGCAUGAUAUGGAUUAUCAGUAUGGACACAUCCUCAAAAUGCUCAACACCGGUAUAAACAACUCGGUUGACGAUGCUUCUCGAGUGGCACUGACAAUGUCUUCAUCGAUUACAUGGUUCAGCGAACAAACGAAAUCGGAAACGCAAAGAAUGUUCAUGGGAUUUCUCAACCUUUUCUCAUCCAGUGCCAUGGGUAUACGCAAUUGGAUUGUAUUGGUUGGGAACAGCGUUUGGAUGCUUCUGAUGUGCAUACCGAAUUUGACGAUUUUGAUUGUGCAAAAUGUGAUCAAAUUCACGUUGUUCAUUUGGAAGAGUAUUGUGGACACAAUUAAACUAUCGACCAAUGUGGCUUCGGACUCGAUCAGCAUAACCGUAACAUUUUUCACAUCGGUUCCUUUGCAAUCAGUGUGCGGGUUAAUUACAAUUCAUUUCAUUAUUCGAUAUCGACAACACGUACUUGAGGGACUGAAAUUUGUAUAUCGAGCCAUUGUCAAGGCUGUCCAGUACUUUGUUCGCAAUAUCAUCACAGGGAUGCUAGCUGUGGCCGAAUUUUUAACAGUUCUGAUUAGCCCGCUACGGAGUUUCGUACCGAAUGUAUGGCGAUUGAGCUCGAUACAAGAUGACUACGCCAACCCUUCAACCAGUCCGACCAAAGUUGAUGCUUUUAAUUUCUGUGUGAUUUGUCAAGAUAAAGUGAAGUCUAUCGUCCUAUUACCGUGCCGUCACUUGUGUUUGUGUCAGGAAUGCUUUAGACAACUUCGUCGCUACCGGAGAGAAUGUCCCAUGUGCAGAGAACCAUACGAACAUUCAAUCCAAGUUUAUGCUUAAUAUAUCAAAGUGACGUCUGUCCAAGGCUAUUCUAAAUUUUUUCAAGUAGACAUAUUUCGUGUUCAAAAACAAUUGAUAAUUUCUAUGAAAAAAUAAUUAAAUCAAAUAUUUUUUUUAAUAAGCAUGUAAAUCGCCUUUAAGCACCACAAAUGAGACUGCAAAAUGAAAUGAUUUAGGGAAAAACACAAUUUUUCAAAUAAGAAUCAAUAAUCAGAAAGAACUCAGACACGAAAACAAAGACUUUGAAGAAUCUUGUAUAAUUCCUUAGCAUUGCGAUAAAAACUAGACAUACAUUUAAUGGAAAAAACGAAUUGUAUUGAAUAAAAGGAGGCUUUUUCUAUAGGAAAGAUAUAUUUUUAUUAAAUGUCAAACAAAAUAACAAUAAACUAGUACGAAUUUGUGCAUUUUUA